AUGAGCGCCACGAAUGGAUCCCGUCUUGGACAUCAAAGAAGUCAUUCCUUUGCGGGUGGUUCUUCUUCCGCACCGAUCGGUGUUGUGGAUGAAUUUGCUUUUGAAAACUACAAGAGAAAGAUUAAAGAACAAGAAAUGGAAAUUAGUAAUUUGCAAAAAGAACUUCAUAAUUAUAGAAUGAAGGAAAGUGAUCUUGCAUUUAGCCUAGCAAUGGAACAAUUUCUGUUAAAGAAAAAAGACUCCACGAGUAGUGUUUCCACUGGUAGCAGUUUCUCGGAGGCUAGUGCUUCAUCAUCUUCGUUGAAUCAAGCCGAAUUGGAAGAAUACAAGAACAAGUGUCAUGUCUUGGAACAAGAAAACACUGUGUUGAAAUCCGAUAUGGAGCAUCUCAAAAGAAAAGCACAAGAACAUGUGGAAUCAGCUCAAAGGGCUCACGAACAGCAAACAUCACAACUUCAAGCCACCGUGCAAUCUCUUUCGGAAAGUGUUAAAAAUAUGCAAGAGGAACAUCAAAGACUGGAACAUGAAGCAUCUCAACUUCGUCAACAAUUGAAAGAUCAAUCUCAAUUCAUUAACGAACUGAAAGAGAAACAUAGCAACGAGAUUGGAUCUUUGAAAAGAGAAGCUCAACGAGUACACGAUGAUUUAUCGAAACAAGUAGAAAAUUACAAAAACAUGGUCAAUAAUGAGACGAAAUCUUUGAAUGAACAAACGUCUGAAAUUGAGUCACUCAAAAACGAAAUUCAAAAGGCACAUGAAACGCACUCGCAAGAGGCUCAAAAUUUGAAGAAUACCAUCACAGAGCUUACUUUGGAGUGUGAAAAACUGCAAAAAAUACUCUCUGAAAAGGAACAAUCUGCACAACAAACCAAGAGUGAGGAAGAACAUGUAUUGCGAGGGAGAAUCCAAGAGCUUGAAAAAUUGCUCUCGGAAAAGGAGUCCCAACUCUCAGAGAAGUCCCACAAAUAUCAACAAGCUGCUUCUCAUUUGCAGUUAGAGUUAGAGAGCAAAAAUCAACAAAUUGAAACUUUGAAUCAAGAGCUCGGCAAACGCUCCACGGAGCAAGAGUCUGUAGUAUCUGGCAUGAAGGAAGAAAUCAGCAAGCUGAAUCAUGCUGUAAGUGACCUUCAACAGCAAUUGAGAGACAAAUCUACGGAGGUUGAACACCUUCAAUCAGCCCAAUCCAAUCUAAGAAACCAAAUUUCCAUCAAGGAUUCUCUUACAGAUCAGUUAGCACAACAAAAAACAGAGAUGGAACAAAGAGUGAAACAACUCCAAGAAACAAUUGACUCUCUCAACCAACAACUUUCGAACGCCAUAAAUAAUGAAAAACAUUUGUCAGAAAUCCACGAGUUGCAAACUCAACUCCAACAACAAGAUGAGCUUGUUGUUAAAUUAACUCGAGAAAUUAGCCAGCACACUGCCUCCAUUCAAUCUCUCGAGCAUCAACUGGUUGAAAAGACGAGUGCACUCGAACUUGUGCACCAAGAAAAGGCAACUUUACAGUCAUCCAUCACUGAAAUUCAAGGAACUGUAGAAUCAUUGACAUCAAGUUUCAACAAUUUACAAAAGCAGUACAAUGUACUUUCUGAAGAGAAUACAAACCUGCAGAAUACUCUCAAAAAACAGAAAGAAUGCAAUGACUCUGAAAUACAACAAUUAAAGUCAUCAUUCGAGAGAGAAGCACUAGAGAAGGAGAAGGAACACAACACACAAAUGAAACAAUUGCAACAAUUACUCUCGAAAACUGAAUCUGAUCUCAAGACAGCCACACAACGAUUCGUUGAAGAAAAAGAAAAGUUGAUUAAGGAGCAUGAAAUCUAUCUCAAGCGUCACAUGGAUGAAUUGGAACUCAAGUUAAAAUCACAAAUUCAUAAUGUAGAGAUACUGACAAAAGAAAAGGAAACACUCUCAAGAGAAGUGAAAGAAACCAAUGAACAAUUGAAAAAGCUCUCUUCAGAAACAACAGCAUUGAAAGAAAAGAAUCAACAACUAGAACUUACUUUGGACAAAAGUAACCAGGAGUUGGAACAGUCUAAGAAACUUUUCAAGGAUCAAUCAAAGGAAUUGGAAUUUGCUCAACAAAAUCUCUCCAGUAUUGAAUCAAAAUACAAAGAGCUAGAACAGUCUUUCCAAAAAACUCAAAAAGAACUCGAAACCAUAAUGGAACAAAUGAAACAGGAUAAAGCCACACACGAGAAGGAAAUUGAAACUCUCAACAAUACGAUCAAACAACUCGAGAAGGAAAAAGAAGCAAACAUUCGUAAAAUUGAAACUCUGAGGACUUGUUACGCCAUCAUGCAAGACGAUUCCACUCACUCCCAAGAAUCUAAUGACCUCACGCCAGCCACAGCAAAAACCAAGAAAGGUAUUAAGCGAGAUGUUUCUGAGAGUCCAUCCAAUGAAUCGUCAUCAGCGGCCUCAACCGCCUCCAACAUGGACCCACCAAAGAAAAAGGUCAAAAACGAUGAAUCUUCUCCCAAGAAGGAACCAAAGAAGUCUGUGAUCAUCUUUUCUGGAUUCAGUGACAAGAUCAAAAGGUGGACCAUGGAACAAAAGACAAAACUUGAAAAAGUUGUUAAAGAUUUAGGAGGAAUUAUUGCCGAUGAUGUCAAAGAAGAGACGACACAUGUGGUGGCACCUCCAGGAGUGAGAACCAUUAAGGUUCUUCAAGCUGCUGUCACUGGAAAAUAUGUCAUGUCACCUGAAUGGUUGAUCGAAUGUGAAAGAGAAAACAAAUUUGUUGCUGAGGAUAGUAAACCUAAAUUGGGCAAACUUGGAUACAAAGGCCCUUUCAAGAGAAAGAGGAUUGCUUUUACCUCGGCUUUUGCAGACGAAUGUCAAAAGCCCAAGUACCUUCCACAGAAACGAAUGGAAAAUGCAAAACUUUUAAUAACUUCUGGGCAAGGUGAAAUUGUGGAUGACAUUGACAAGGCAGAUAUUAUUCUUGUGGCUACUUCUGAAACCAUUGGAAACACUUCUUGCUGUGUGUCUUGGGAAGGUUUUUUAGAUAUGAUCUUUCCAAAGGAGGACAAUUAA